UACUCCAUCGGGAGUAGUUGAUUUUUGAGCCCACUGAGGCAGCACCUCAUUAGCUAAUUACUGAAACUCCGAAAAAGAGUUCUGAAAGUCGAACACGAAGAACUACGACCGUACGACGCCACUUUCCAGCGACAUCUGAACUCUGAAGAAGUGGGGAAUAUGCAGGGGCUUCGCUUGAGCGCCAUGUCUGGCGCUGCCUUCUUUUCUGCGUCUUCCUCAGCCCUAAAAAGCCCUAGCUUAUGUGCUUCCGCGAAUUCGAUAACCUCUGAUGGAGUUCCUCUAAGAACCCACGGUAAAAGAUUCUCCAAUCACAGCAGCAACACAUCUCUUCGUUGCUUCGCAUCCGCGUCCCACGUUGAAAGGAUCAAAGUUCUGAAUCCUAUCGUGGAAAUGGACGGCGAUGAAAUGACAAGAAUCAUAUGGAGAAUGAUAAAGGACAAGCUUAUUUAUCCGUAUUUGGAUUUAGAUAUAAAGUACUACGAUUUAGGGAUAUUGAAUCGCGAUGCAACUGAUGACAAGGUCACUGUAGAAAGUGCGGAAGCUACUCUCAAGUACAAUGUAGCUGUGAAAUGUGCAACUAUAACUCCUGAUGAGGGCAGAGUUAAGGAAUUUGGCCUAAAGUCUAUGUGGAGGAGUCCCAAUGGCACGAUAAGAAAUAUUUUGAAUGGUACCGUUUUCCGUGAACCAAUCCUUUGCCGGAAUAUUCCCAGGAUAGUUCCUGGCUGGAAGAAACCCAUCUGCAUUGGUAGGCAUGCAUUUGGUGAUCAGUAUCGUGCUACUGAUAUGGUCAUCAAGGGACCGGGAAAGCUUAAAUUGGUUUUUGUGCCAACAGAAGGAGACAUGCCAGUGGAGCUUGAUGUUUAUGAUUUUAAGGGUCCUGGAGUUGCAUUGGCUAUGUACAACGUUGAUGAGUCUAUUCGAGCAUUUGCUGAAUCAUCAAUGUCAAUGGCAUAUGAAAAGAGAUGGCCUCUUUACUUGAGCACGAAAAACACAAUCCUCAAGGCAUAUGAUGGCAGGUUUAAGGAUAUAUUCCAAGAGGUAUACGAAACGAAAUGGAAGCCGAAAUUUGAGGAGCAUUCUAUAUGGUAUGAGCAUCGACUUAUUGAUGACAUGGUGGCCUAUGCAAUAAAAAGCGAAGGUGGAUAUGUUUGGGCUUGCAAAAACUAUGAUGGGGAUGUCCAGAGUGAUUUACUUGCUCAAGGAUUUGGUAGUCUAGGCCUAAUGACAUCUGUUUUGUUAUCAUCUGAUAGCAAAACAUUAGAAGCUGAGGCUGCUCAUGGUACUGUAACUCGGCAUUUUCGGUUGCACCAGAAAGGACAAGAAACUAGUACAAAUAGCAUUGCUUCCAUUUUUGCAUGGACACGGGGGCUUGAGCAUAGGGCCAAACUUGAUAAAAACAAUAAAUUGCUGGAUUUUGUUUCUAAGCUAGAGACUGCUUGCAUUGAGACAGUUGAAACAGGAAAAAUGACCAAGGAUCUUGCCCUUCUGAUCCAUGGACCCAAAGUAUCUAGGGAAUUAUACUUGAAUACUGAAGAAUUCGUUGAUGCUGUUGCGCAAAACCUUGAGGAGAAGCUUCGGGUGCCAGCACUUGUGUAAGUAGAAUGGUAGGACAUAGUUUUCUCCCCUUCUAAUAGAAUUCUGCAGGCACGAAAAUAAUGCAAGUCAAUAUAAAAUGACUGUACUGUUGAUGCAGUAAGCAAUUUCUUAUUCUCAUAAAAAAAUCAUC